UUCGAGCGGUUGGGAAGCUUUCUUCCUCGGUUGGUUGGCUAGUGAAAAGUGCAAAACUUUGGGGGUUCACCGCAGAAAAAAAGAAGGUUGAAGAUGAAAGUGUUUUUUUUUUGUUGGGUGGAAAAACUUUGAAGGUCCUUUUUGUUUGAAAAGGAAUUGCGGUUAAGUUUGGUGAAAGGAAACUUUGGCCGGGAACGUUUCGGCAUCCUCCCCAGCGCAGAGCGUUUCUCAUUCGCCACUUCCGGGAAGACGGUAAAACGUUCAACUCAAAACUAGGAAAAUCCAGCCGUCACUGUUUUGUUUUGGCAUAUCGCAAAAAGUCAGCGCCCCAAAAAAAGUGUUCAAGAACUGAUUCAGAUAGUGUGUAGCAAAUGUAAAAAGCAAAAAGUUAAAAAAAAAAUAAAGUGAAAAGUGGAAACUCCCAACGGGGGGGAGACACUCCGCCAGCUCUAAGCUCCAAGCUGGUCGGGUGCAGAAAAAAGUGUCAAAGUGAGAAAAUGAUUCCCAACCCUGAGCAAUCAACGUUGUCACGAGUGAAUUCCCCGGCGAUGGCUGGGGCGGCCUCGAAGGUGGAGGUCCGUGGGAAGAUGGCCCCGGAAAAUGGCGGCGACGGCCAUGUGACAGCCAGCCGUUGUUGCCGGCUGCCGCCGGUGGGAAAAAAUUGUAAAAUUGAAAUCGCAAAAUGUUUGCUCUUCGUCACGCUGCUCCUAACGAGUGUUUGCUUUCGAAGCGUUUCGGGUGACGAUGCCGGAUCCUCUGGGGCAGCGGCGGCCCAGGACCAGAACCAGAAUCCGACGCCAACGGCUGAACCCGAAACAACGACCGGCUGUCCACCGCCGGAAUUCAAAAUUUCUCGGCCCCGAAAAAACAUGCCAUCGACGGAGGCACCCUUUGUGACCUUCGAGACGACCCAGGUUUAUCUGCCUCAGGAUUUUACCACGGCCGAUUUGGAACUGGUCGAUGGGGGCAGGGCAGCGCACGUUGCCGGCAGCUCAGGAGGAGCACUUGACGCCCACCAGCAUCAGAGUGCCGCCCUGCACGAGGAACAACACGAUACUCCCUUCUGGUGGGAGAUGGGGAUCCAAAAUGCCGAAGCCAGGGAAUCACUGGCCGCAGCAUCCUUCUCAUCCUUGGGCCACCAAAGCAAGAGCCGUGCCAGACGGAGUGUCUCGUUCUCAUCUCGGCCGGGUGGCCGAGUUCGCUUCCGACGAUCCUCAAACGCCAUCGGGGGACAUUAUCUGGGACAGCAGGAUAAUUCCCUGUUGCAUCAAGAGCUGACACCGGUCAUAGUGAUUAAUAACAUCUUCAACGAGAAUGACAGUGACCACAGCGUGUUUGAUAAUGUCUUCUUGAAUAGCAAUCAAAUGGAGCUGGACGACGAUGAUGCCGAGAAGAAUCGCUACGUGGAUAAGAACGAGAUCGGGGAAACGGUUGGGCAGGGAGAAGAUCUGCCGGUUGAUGGGACGGAAGAACUGAUGGGUGCUGCUGCUGCCGGGGCCAGUAGGUCUCGGGUAAAACGGAAGUCGGGCAAGACGACGGGUGCUCUAAGCAGGGCCAAGGGAAGCGGCGGAAGUGACAGCGGAAGCAAAAGCAUCACCCGGCACAACAAACAAGAUAACUCGGAAACGGACGAUUUGGACCAGGGACCUCACGAUGAAGCUGUCCCGAUCAUCGAAACCGAUCAACCUUCCGGGAGCAACAAAUCCCUAGUAUCUCGGGUGAAGCGUAAGUCUGGUAAGGCCACCGGUGCUCUGAGCCGACCGAAAGGUGGCAGCGAUAGUGGCAGUAAGAGUAUCAGUCGAAACGCCAACAAAGGUCAAUACGACGAGGACGGAGGUUACGUUCCACCGCUGCCGGAUUCUCACGAGAGCGUCGACGAGAAGGAAGAGAGUGAGGAAAUCGAGGAAAGUCCGGAGCUGCACCAGUUCCGGGAGGUAUCGGAGGUACGCUUUCCGGGAGAGGUAGGGCCCCUGGGGGGUCAUCGGCUGUGCAAGAUCCAAUGCAUCAAGGGUCACUGGAUUGGACCGCUAUGCGCAAUGAACGAACACGAGGUGGACGAGCAUGGACAGCUGAAAUUUGAACCCCUGUACAAACGCUGUGUGGUAGAUCACAUUCCGCCCCAUUUGCUGUUGAGCUACAAGAACGUUUCAGUGACGCUUGGAUGGGAUCUUCCUCAUGGCCAUACACUGCAGGCAAGAUGUCGCGAUUUAGGGCUCUACAAACUGUUAGGCGAAACGAAGGUCUUGUGUUCUAACGGGCUAUGGGCCCCCAAAAUGCCAUCUUGUGUGCCAACUACCCUCUUAACCAAUUAUUCAGAUGAUAGUCCCCCAUCGAUUCGGAUCAAAGUCGGAGUAGGAUCUGCUGCGUACGAACCUUCGGGUGUGUUAGCUGUUCUGCCAACCAGUACCAUUCAUCUGGAUUGUAUGUACCCGAGACGUCGAGGAUCACCUGAAUGGACCUGGACCGGAUGGUUCCGACAGUACUUAACCGGUUGGUCGGCGGUUCCGGAGGAAAAAGCCUCCCGCUAUCGGCUCACUAUCAAGGACAUCCAAAGCCAGGACUCGGGCACCUACACCUGUGCCUCACCACGGGGUCUCACCAACAGCAUUGUGAUUAUUGUUGCAGUAUCGCAAUGUACAUCUUUACUGGAACCGAAACCACCACUGUCUUUGAGGUUGGAAGGAAUUAAACUUGGUCAACGGGCUCUAUAUCGUUGCCCGCUCGGAUACACCUUACAGGGAACGGCCAAUGCCACUUGUCUAGCAUCAGGUAAGCAAGCAUAAGAUUUGAUUAGAAUC